AUGUGCUUGACUAUGAGAAAAGCAGAUCUCCUGAAAUUAUUAACAGCAAUAAUUAUCAUGUUCAUUGUAUGUUUGCCUGAAUUUUUCAAAACCCAUGAAGCAAGCACUGUGAUUAUAUCAUGCAUGGAUGCUUGUUCAUUAAAUAAUGUCACCUUUCCAGUCUGUGCUUUUAACAAUUCUUCUGAAAGCUUCCUGCAACAAGGAAGUGAAAAACAGACUGUUUUUUUGAAGGUCUUUAUAAAUUACUCUGAUUUUCAAAAUACUCCAAGUAUUUGCCAAGUCUCCAGGACUGAACUGCAACCAUAUAUUUUAAAUUCCACCUGUGAAUCCGAGGAUGAUAUGAAUGUUGUUCACCAGGGAUCAAGAUCAGAAGAAGUGAGAGGAUCAUUAGAUAUGAAAGCAAAAAAAAUUAUUUCUUUCCAUAAACAUUUCAAUUUCACUGUGGGUUAUGUGAAUGAAGAAAGUGAGGAAUACAACAUUUACUAUAUACUGGAAGUCCUCAUUAGAAAUUCUACAACCAGAAGAGGAAACACUACAGAAGAAAGCAUAAAUCACUCAUGUAUAGCAGCAAUGACGGAAGACCAAAAUGGCUGUAUAAAUAUUUCACUGCAACUACAGCCUUAUGUGGAAAAUACAAUGUGUAUACCGAAGAUCAUUUGGCUUGUUCUGAUUCCAUUUGUUUUUGUGCUUACUGUCAUUACUGUUACCUACAAAGUAUUCCAAGAAAAUAAAAAACACUUCCAUAGCAAAUAUAGAGCAACGGCAGCUUCUGUUAUCCAACAAAAAGACAGCAAAAGCUCAAAAGAAUCUACACCUACUAAUGUUAUUCAGCUCCUUUCAGAGCCCAACCAACGAAGACCCGCAGCUAUCACACAAACAGCAGAGAUAUUGCCUGCAAUUCCUGAACAUGAGCAUUCUCAGCAGGCGUAGGAGUUUCAGGCAUUCCAGUAUGAAACAUAAUCGAUACACCAUGAAAGAAGCCAUCUUCAUUUCCAAUACA